AAUUUACAAAUUGUAAUUCAAAUAAUGUAUUGUUGUAGAUGUUUAAUUUUAGUAAGAAUAUCAAUUAACAAAUAUUUGAUUUUUUUUAUUGAAUUAUGUUGCCCAUUUACGAACCUACCGUCCAUACCAAAAGUGGCUUCAAAGUUCAAACCCGUCAAUCACUAUCCAACCCGGUUGCUUCCAUAGUCUGACUUAACGUGUCGUUUAUUUUGACUAGUCAAAACCUAUGAGCAUUCUAUUUUCCACACCAAUAUAUUCUCAAAACACACCCACCACCUGCAUCAACAACUUGUACAAACCGCAUUUAAGACCGUACAUUAUCUAAACGUAAAAAACGUCAACUCUGGAAAAAAACAUUCUCAUUUUGUAUAUAAACUGUCGCGUGUAUCUCUUCUUAGUAAAGUACAAUUUAGAUCUUGAAAUGGCAACAACCCUGAGACCGGUCAACCACCAGAACCAACCACUCUUAACCACCAACAUGCACCGUCGCCGCCGUAUAACCGCCACGUUCAACGAAUUAGCAAUCAACGACGGUGACAAAAAGUCAACCCGAUUAGCCAAAUCAAUCUCAAAUAUCUUAAACAUAUAUCUCGAUAAGCAACCAUCUAUCAAAAAUUUCCUAUAUCGAACCGCAUGGAACGACGUCGUUUCACAAGCCGAAGCUAAACUUGACUUACCAACGGAUUCUCCAAAAGAAAAUAUUUCCCAUAUCUGGCGGGAAAUACACGGCGGGUCGGAUUGGGAGAAUCUACUUGACCCGUUGGACCCGAAUGUUCGAAGAGAGAUAAUCAAGUACGGUGAGUUUGCACAAGCGACGUAUGACGCCUUUGAUUUCGAUAUGUUUUCCGAAUAUUGCGGAAGUUGUUUGUUUGGUCGGAAAAGGUUGUUUGAGAAAUUGGGAUUAAAGAAACACGGGUAUGAUGUUAGUAAAUAUAUAUAUGCCAUGUCACAAUAUGAGAUCCCAAGAUGGUUGGAAAAGUCUUAUGUUACCGACACGUGGAGUAAGGAUAGUAAUUGGAUGGGUUACGUGGCGGUUAGCGAUGAUACCGAGACGAAAAGGAUUGGGAGGAGAGAUAUUGUCAUGUCGUGGCGCGGGACGGUGUUGCCGUCCGAGUGGUACGAGGAUAUGCAACGCGAUCUCGAGCCGUUAGGGCACGGGGAAGCGAAAGUGGAGCGCGGUUUUUUAAGUAUUUAUAAGUCGAAACGCGUGACAACUAGGUAUAAUAAGACGAGUGCGUCGGAACAAGUGAUGGACGAGGUUAGACGGUUAACGAAAAUGUACAAGGAAAAAGGUGAAGAAGUUAGUUUAACUAUAACCGGACAUAGUUUGGGGGGAGCGUUAGCGUUAUUGAAUGCUUACGAGGCGUCUAUGAUGUUUCCGACGUUGCCUAUUAGCGUGAUCUCGUUUGGGGCACCUAGGGUUGGGAAUAUCGCGUUUAGGGAUGAGUUACAUCAUAAAGGCGUGAAAGCGUUGCGUGUGACAAUUAAACAAGAUCUUGUCCCUCGGAUGCCUGGGAUUGUGUUUAACGAGACGUUACAAAAAUUUGAUGACCUAACGGGUACACUUGAGUGGGUUUAUCACCACGUUGGGGCAGAGUUGAAGCUCGAUGUCAGAGCUUCACCUUUUUUAAAACGUGGGUCUAAUUUUGUAGGAAUUCAUCAUCCCGAGACGUAUUUACAUCUCGUGGAUGGUUAUGUAAGUAGUAGCUCACCCUUUCGGGCGGAUGCUAAACGAGAUGUGGCAUUGGUGAAUAAGUAUUGUGAUAUGCUUGUGAAUGACCUUAGGAUUCCAUCAUGUUGGUAUCAAUUAGCAAACAAAGGGUUAGUUACAAAUGAACAUGGAAGAUGGGUUAGACCAAAAAGGGAUCCUGAAGACAUACCUUCACCUAUUGAAGAAGAACAAAAUUCUGAAUUCUAGUGUUCAUCAUUUUGGUGAUAAUUGCAUUUUGGUGGUGCUUUAUAAGUUUAGUUUAGUUACUUUUACAAACAAUAUGUUUUUUGUUUUGUUUUUAGACAGGUCCAGAUUUAUAAAUGACUGAAAAUAAGUUUAACUGUACAAUCUUAUGAUUAUUAAUAGAACAACUAAUAAUUAGCUA